UGCGCUGUCGUUGUCUAUAAAAAGGGGUCGCUGCUUAUUGGCCGACGCAUUUCAAAGCGAAAACUCGAAAAAGGAACUUUGCUAGCGUGUGACUCUUCAGAGUUGUUUGUUGAAGAUAAUAAUUAUUGUGUUUUAUUACGAAAAAUUCUAGUGACUAGGACAAAAUGCAGAUCUUUGUGAAGACGUUGACGGGUAAAACCAUCACCUUAGAAGUUGAACCGUCAGAUACUAUUGAGAAUGUGAAAGCCAAGAUUCAGGACAAAGAGGGUAUCCCUCCGGAUCAGCAGCGUCUCAUUUUCGCUGGUAAGCAGCUGGAAGACGGCCGCACACUCUCUGACUACAACAUACAGAAAGAAUCAACCCUCCACUUGGUACUUCGUCUGCGCGGUGGUAUGCAGAUCUUUGUAAAGACUCUGACUGGUAAAACCAUCACCCUUGAGGUUGAGCCUUCAGAUACUAUUGAGAAUGUUAAAGCCAAGAUUCAAGAUAAGGAAGGUAUCCCGCCAGACCAGCAGAGACUGAUCUUUGCAGGCAAGCAGUUGGAAGAUGGCCGCACCCUCUCUGACUACAAUAUCCAGAAGGAAUCCACUCUUCACUUGGUACUCCGUCUUCGUGGUGGUAUGCAGAUCUUCGUCAAGACCCUGACUGGCAAGACCAUCACCCUAGAAGUUGAGCCUUCUGACACUAUCGAAAAUGUCAAGGCUAAAAUUCAAGACAAAGAGGGUAUCCCUCCAGAUCAGCAACGUCUCAUUUUCGCCGGUAAACAAUUGGAAGAUGGCCGCACGCUCUCAGACUACAAUAUCCAGAAGGAAUCCACUCUUCACUUGGUACUCCGUCUCCGUGGUGGUAUGCAGAUUUUCGUCAAGACCCUGACUGGCAAGACUAUCACCCUAGAAGUUGAGGCUUCGGACACUAUUGAGAAUGUCAAGGCUAAAAUUCAAGACAAAGAGGGUAUCCCUCCAGAUCAGCAACGUCUCAUUUUUGCUGGUAAACAAUUGGAAGAUGGCCGCACGCUCUCUGACUACAACAUCCAGAAGGAAUCCACUCUUCACUUGGUACUCCGUCUUCGUGGUGGUAUGCAGAUUUUCGUCAAGACCCUGACUGGCAAGACCAUCACCCUAGAAGUUGAGGCUUCAGACACUAUUGAGAAUGUUAAAGCUAAAAUUCAAGACAAAGAGGGUAUCCCUCCAGAUCAGCAACGUCUCAUUUUCGCUGGUAAACAAUUGGAAGAUGGCCGCACGCUCUCCGACUACAAUAUCCAGAAGGAAUCCACUCUUCACUUGGUACUCCGUCUUCGUGGUGGUAUGCAGAUUUUCGUCAAGACCCUGACUGGCAAGACCAUCACCCUAGAAGUUGAGGCUUCAGACACUAUUGAGAAUGUUAAAGCUAAAAUUCAAGACAAAGAGGGUAUCCCUCCAGAUCAGCAACGUCUCAUUUUUGCUGGUAAACAAUUGGAAGAUGGCCGCACGCUCUCUGACUACAAUAUCCAGAAGGAAUCCACUCUUCACUUGGUACUCCGUCUUCGUGGUGGUAUGCAGAUUUUCGUCAAGACCCUGACUGGCAAGACCAUCACCCUAGAAGUUGAGGCUUCAGACACUAUUGAGAAUGUUAAAGCUAAAAUUCAAGACAAAGAGGGUAUCCCUCCAGAUCAGCAACGUCUCAUUUUCGCUGGUAAACAAUUGGAAGAUGGCCGCACGCUCUCCGACUACAAUAUCCAGAAGGAAUCCACUCUUCACUUGGUACUCCGUCUCCGUGGUGGUAUGCAGAUUUUCGUCAAGACCCUGACUGGCAAGACCAUCACCCUAGAAGUUGAGCCUUCUGACACUAUUGAAAAUGUCAAGGCUAAAAUUCAAGACAAAGAGGGUAUCCCUCCAGAUCAGCAACGUCUCAUUUUUGCUGGUAAACAAUUGGAAGAUGGCCGCACGCUCUCUGACUAUAAUAUCCAGAAGGAAUCCACUCUUCACUUGGUCCUCCGUCUUCGUGGUGGUAUGCAGAUUUUCGUCAAGACCCUGACUGGCAAGACCAUCACCCUAGAAGUUGAGGCUUCAGACACUAUUGAGAAUGUUAAAGCUAAAAUUCAAGACAAAGAGGGUAUCCCUCCAGAUCAGCAACGUCUCAUUUUCGCUGGUAAACAAUUGGAAGAUGGCCGCACGCUCUCUGACUACAAUAUCCAGAAGGAAUCCACUCUUCACUUGGUACUCCGUCUUCGUGGUGGUAUGCAGAUCUUCGUCAAGACCCUGACUGGCAAGACCAUCACCCUAGAAGUUGAGGCUUCAGACACUAUUGAGAAUGUUAAGGCUAAAAUUCAAGACAAAGAGGGUAUCCCACCAGAUCAGCAAAGAUUAAUUUUCGCCGGAAAGCAACUUGAGGAUGGGCGCACUCUGUCAGACUACAACAUCCAGAAGGAAUCUACCCUCCACCUGGUACUUCGUCUUCGUGGUGGUAUGCAGAUCUUUGUGAAGACCUUGACUGGUAAAACUAUCACUCUUGAAGUUGAGCCUUCAGACACAAUUGAAAACGUAAAAGCCAAAAUCCAAGACAAGGAAGGCAUUCCUCCCGACCAGCAACGUCUCAUCUUUGCCGGUAAACAAUUAGAAGAUGGCCGCACACUUUCAGACUACAAUAUUCAAAAAGAAUCUACUCUUCACUUGGUACUGCGUCUCCGUGGUGGUAUGCAGAUCUUUGUGAAGACCCUGACUGGCAAGACCAUUACCCUUGAAGUCGAGCCUUCUGACACCAUCGAAAAUGUCAAGGCUAAAAUUCAGGACAAAGAGGGUAUCCCCCCAGAUCAGCAAAGAUUAAUUUUCGCCGGAAAGCAGCUUGAGGAUGGACGCACCCUGUCUGACUACAACAUCCAGAAGGAAUCCACCCUCCACUUGGUACUGCGUCUGCGUGGUGGUAUGCAGAUCUUCGUAAAGACCCUGACUGGCAAAACUAUUACCCUUGAAGUCGAGCCUUCAGAUACUAUCGAAAAUGUCAAGGCUAAAAUUCAAGACAAAGAGGGUAUCCCACCAGAUCAGCAACGUCUCAUUUUCGCUGGUAAACAAUUGGAAGAUGGCCGCACGCUCUCUGACUACAAUAUCCAGAAGGAAUCCACUCUUCACUUGGUACUCCGUCUCCGUGGUGGUAUGCAAAUCUUCGUCAAGACCCUGACUGGCAAGACUAUUACUCUAGAGGUUGAGCCUUCAGACACAAUUGAAAACGUAAAAGCCAAAAUCCAAGACAAGGAAGGCAUUCCUCCCGACCAGCAACGUCUCAUCUUCGCCGGAAAACAAUUGGAAGAUGGCCGCACGCUCUCCGACUACAAUAUCCAGAAGGAGUCCACCCUUCAUCUGGUACUUAGAUUGAGAGGUGGCAUGUAAUAACCGACACUGCCUGUUCACUGUUCAUGCCAAAUAUAAAUUAACUUGCUAAACAGGUGAAAUAAAGCGUUGUCAUUUACUGAA